UCUAAUGAAAGGUAAUUGUAAAUGGCGCGAAUAUCAUGCAUUCUUUAAAAUUCAAUAUAAAUAUUCCUUCCGCUUUUCAUGAAAUUUUGCAGUAUCAAUAUACCCACAAAUAUAUUCCGUGAAGAAUUUGAGAUACCUAUACUUAUAUUUAUCUAUUUUCCAGAAGUUACUCCUGGUCCUGGCCAAUACCAGAUUGAAUGGGGCUGCGUUGGCAGCGAUAGUAUUAAAUAUACAAUUUAUUCAACACCUCGAUUCCAAGAUAAGUGUAGAAAACACGAUGGUCGCAGGAUAUGCAUUGAAUGUACCUGUGUGGAUAUCACAACAAAACAGUAUUCCAAAAACGAUUUUGAACUUGUAACCCCACCAAAUUACUGCAUAAAGAAUAUCACCUUCAGGAGAAGUAAGGCGAAUGGAGUGGAAUUUAGGAGAGCCCUUUGUGAUUUAGUAUUGUUCAGACGACAAAAUGGAGUCGAUACAUUUUUUUAUGAUUUGGAGAGCUAACGAUCUAAAAAGAGGAAAAUAUCCCAUUCAAAUGUAAAACCAUGAGGAUCUCGUUUUUAUGUUUACAAUCUCUGACAACAUACCAGAAAAAGUUGAAAUCGAAAAAUGAACAGAAUAUUUCGAAAAAAGAUAACAGUGAAUCUGCAAACCCUAUUGAAACAUCAAAAUUCACUUUUUUGAGCGGCGACGAAGUGGCUAAUUCAUUUAGCUAUUGGAAAUAUUCCGAAGAAAACGAUAAUGAUGAAAAAUCAACCGAAGGAUAAAACCGUUGGGUAUUCAACUCACACAAUAUUCAAUGACAAAUCAAAAAAAAACUAGACGUCGUCUAGAGAUUACGUCGGAAAUUAAAGCAAUUCGAAGAAAGUGAUGAUCUGUUUCGUGUGAAUGCGAACGAAAUGAAGCCACGUUAUUGAUAAGAUACAACGUAUAUUCCAAGAAACUGAGUGGGGCUUGCAUAAUACCCAAGAAAAUGAAAGUCUUCCUCAUUUUGAGAGAGAAUGUAGCUCUCGAUGACAAAAAAAAAAUCGUUUGUGGUAAUCUUUCAUGAUUCAAAGUUCGAAGAUCCCAGAAAAAAAAAAGUUGAACAAAGAAAAAAUUCGCUAAAAUAUCAUCCCUAAUUCCAAUGUUUGAAAAAGAAGCAACUUAAUUUUCA